AUGAAAAUCUAUGACCUUCCGUGCGCUUUUCUUGGACACUCUGGAAAGUUCCGAGCUAUCAUCACGCCGGUUGGUUUGAAAGUUCCAGAUGCUUUUUAUAAUAUUAAGCAAAUCUGCGACGAAAUUUUAAAUGACUUAGAUUUAGAUGUGCUUUCAAUCGAUAGUGUAUAUCAAGACAUGAAUGGUCGUGCAAAAUGUUCCAUUCAAGUAUGCGAAAACACCGAAUCUCUCGAGUUUUUGAUUGGAUUGACAGAAGAAAAUCUUCCACAUCUCUCAUAUGAUUUUGCACUUGGCAUUGCCAUGGCAGAAUCACCCGAUGAUAUCAAAUUGUAUUCUGAUAACUUCAUUAAAACAGUUCAAACAACAAAUCCAAAUUGUAUUCCUUUCUUAUUUGCAUUUACAACAAAAGAAUACCCCGUUGCAGAACAAUUUCCAGGAAGGCAAAUAAUUGGUAACGUAGAUAACGCAACUCUUAAAGAAAGUAUUCGACAAGCAUUUUACUUUUGCCUUUGGCAGUACUUUAAAGGCCCAAAUCCCAUUUUGCAGGAACCAGCUCUUAAAAACGAAACACCUGCUUCGCUUGUUAAAUUGGCAUCGAUUUAUUUCUUAAUUGGCAGAUAUUAUAUUGCUUCUCAAUACUACGAAGAGGCACUCAAAAACAAAUCAGACUACAUUGCAUUAGCUGAGGUUUUUGAACAGUCCAAAAAUCAAAGAUUAUCAUUUAAUAUCGACAAAUCUUUAUAUGAUAACUCGAUUCCUGCGGCAUUCUCGAAUAUUGACUUCUCAGAAUGGCCAGGUGGGCUUAUCACCGCCUUAAAUUACGCUCUUCGAAGCAAAAAUAAUGCAUUUAUUAUCAGAUUGAUUCUUCGUUUAGUUCCACGUGUUCCUAAGUCAUCCCAACGUGAUCUUCUUUUAUAUGUCUUGAAUAACAGCAAAUCUUCUUCGUCAGAUGAAUACAACAGAUACCAAAUUCUCGCUUUACUUCUUCUCCGCCAAUGCGGCCACGAACGUACAUUUACAUACAACGCCUAUUUAUAUUACAACAGAAAACCUACAUCAAAUCCAUUGAUUUUGAAGCCUUUGGCAGAAUCUUUGAUUCACGACUCAAAUUGGCACAUGCAGCGUAUAUCAUUCGCUACACAGAUCUUUACAUCUGAUGUCCCCAUCCAAAGAGAUAUCCAAAUCCCUGUUAUGCAGUAUUUAUUAGAAAAUCUUUACAAAGUCGAAGAUGGAAGCAAACAAGCUGAAUUAUUAUCACGUAUUCCUUCUCCUAUUACCAUCAAUGCCAAUACUUUGUUCCAUAAAGAAGGAGAACUCGAAUUUCAAGAACCAUUAUCUCCGAUUUACGAAGCAAAGAUGACCAGGAGCAACUCCAUCUUCUUGUACAAUGCAUUAGAUAAGAAAAAUACUAAGAAAGAUUACAUUUGCGCUGUUGGAGAACAAUUAACUUUCACAUUGAAGCUUUACAACCCAUUACAGAUUGUUUUCGUCAUUGAUUUCUGUUUCCUUGAGGCUACAAAUGCGAUCUGCACCCCAGCGAUUGCUGCUUUGGCUCCAAAAAGAAAUCAAACGAUUCAAUUGUCUCUUUCUGCCAUCCAGGAAGGCGAAAUGAAGGUCACAGGAUUCAAGUUCGUAUCGGGAAACCUCACCGUCGUACAAACUCUUGAAACUCCUAUUGUUUUCAAGGUUAUUGAGAAAAUGCCAAUGUUAAACAUCAAAUUACCAUUCAGAUUACAGCCAGUAUUUUACGAGAACCUUCUUUCCAAGGUCCCAUUCGAGUUAAUUAAUACUUCUGACGUCGAAAUUAAAUUAAAAGAUGUCAAAUUCCCUCCGCCACCGCCUCUUUUGACAUACGACUCAUUGCCUAUUGAUUACCCACCCAAGAUUGUCCCUCCGAUGCCAGAAUCUCUUCAGCCCGGCCAAUCAUUUAAUUUCAAUCUCGUAAUGAUCAACGAUAACUCUGUCAAAAACCUUUCAUUUGCCUUGGAAUACGGUUCUGAUAGGUUCGCGAGGCGUUUCGAGUACUACCAAGACCUAACUGUCGCUGAAGGACCUCACAUCGACAGAUUACACGUUGUCCCUGUGGAAGGGCACGAUGAUUUCUCAUCCAAGACAAUUUUAGUCAUGGUCAUUAUCAGGAACCCCUUCGAAAUCCCAAUAGAAGUCACUGGUUCCGAUCACAACGUUAUUGUCGCUGCAUUAAGUUACGGAACUUACUUAGUUGAGCUCGAUAGAAUCAACACCGAUGUAGAUGAAGACGCGUUGAGGUUCCAAUACGAAAAUCUCGAUUUUGAGUACACAAGAAAAUGUGAAACAGCAUUAGUCAAAAAUUUGAACAAACCGUUGGACCAAAACGAUAAAGUAAGGCUUUGGAAGAUGCUUGUACUGAAAACAAAGAUUCAGAAACAGUUGAACCUUAAAUGGGCAGAUCAAGACGGAAAUUCAGGUGAUUUGAGCAUGAAUCACGUCAGGAUCGACAGAACAACAUUUGCACUGCUCCAGGAGCCUCCUUUCGAUGUUUCUUUCUCAAUUAAAAGAGAAUCUGAGAAAAUUCUCACUGUCAGCGCCGAAGUCAAGCCAAACAACAAGAAGAUAACGAAUACAAAGGUGAUGCUCUCAUUCUCAGCUGAAGAUCGCGAUACGAAAGAGAAGAGAAUUGUUUUGACCGCAGGAAUGGAAGAAACAGAGAUUUCUAUUCCUGGAGUGCUUGAAACGGCCGUGCACUGCCACAGUAACUCAAUUCUCAACGUAACAGGAAGGUUCUUCGUUGGAGAUGCUUUCUUUGUUCGCUGUGCUUCGUUUGACGUCAAAAAGAUUUGA